AUGAUUGGCUCCAGCAGUCUCUUAAUUGCCCUCACCAGCAUUGCUGGUUCCUUGGCCAUACCUACUGGUCUCGGUCCCUCUGAAAGCAAUGUAGACAUUACUGAGCGCGGUGCUCAUGAUUUUGUUCUUGGAUCACACAAUGACGUUCGCCGUCGUGCCAGCAUCAACUACGAUCAAAAUUACCAGACCGGCGGAACAGUCAACUAUUCUCCCUCUGGGAGUGGGUUCUCUGUCAACUGGAACACUCAAGAUGACUUUGUUGUCGGAGUUGGCUGGAGUACUGGAUCUUCUUCGCCUAUCAACUUCAGUGGUUCCUUCGGUGUCAACAGCGGAACUGGUAUGCUUUCCGUCUAUGGCUGGAGCACCAACCCGCUGGUUGAGUAUUAUAUUAUGGAGGAUAACCACGCCUAUCCUGCUCAGGGCACCGUGAAGGGAACUGUCACUAGCGAUGGAGCAACUUACACCAUCUAUGAGAAUACUCGGGUUAAUGAGCCUUCCAUUCAGGGCACAGCGACCUUUAACCAGUACAUCUCAAACCAUUUCAACGCCUGGGCUUCUCAUGGAAUGAAUCUCGGAGCUAUGAACUACCAAGUCGUUGCCGUUGAAGGCUGGGGUGGCAGUGGCUCUGCUUCACUGAGCGUCAGCAACUAA